AUGGACCCUCUACUUGACCACAAGCAAGCAUUUCAAGAUGCAGAUCGCGGAUUUAUAGAUCGCCUUGAUCCCUGCAUCGUCAAAGACAGUCAAGGGCAAACUGUUUGGGACAAUGAGGCUUACAGCUUCUUAGACAACACGCCUAUUCCAGAGACAGCAAACUGGAAACUAUGGUGCCAGGCCCAACUUGUUGCGAAGCAAGGGCUUUACAAAGUGGUCGACGGCAUAUACCAAGUUCGAGGACUCGAUCUCUCAAAUAUCACAUUCAUUGAAGGAAAAAGCGGUAUUCUCAUUAUUGAUUGUCUCACUUCCACCGAGUGUGCUAAGGCCGCGCUUGAUCUCUACCACAAAAAUCGUGGCAAGAAGCCUGUAGUGGGCAUGAUUUACACCCACACACACGUCGAUCAUUUUGGCGGAGCGGAGGGAGUAGUUUCACAAAGUGAAGCUACCAGGAUACCCAUAAUUGCUCCUCAAGGGUUCCUUGAGCAUGCCGUCUCCGAAAACAUUUUUGCCGGGAAUGCCAUGGCUCGCAGAGCAGGAUACAUGUACGGAUAUGAGUUGGCAAAGGGUCCCAAAGGACAGAUCAGUUGUGGGUUGGGAUCAACCGUCUCCUCGGGAACGAUAUCGAUGAUCCCUCCAAACCUUGAUAUCACUCAUACCGGACAGGUGGAAACGAUUGAUGGAAUAGAACUGUUCUUCCAGGUCACGCCGGGUACUGAGGCACCCGCGGAGAUGAAUAUUUAUCUCCCUCAAUUCCGAACCCUGUGUAUGGCAGAAAAUGCGACACAAUGCCUGCAUAACAUCGCAACGCUCCGGGGUGCGGCUGUUCGUGAUGCUCUCGCUUGGUCUUCCUAUUUGGAUGAGUCGAUCAUGCUGUUUGCGGAGAAGACAGACACCAUCUUUGCAUUGCAUCAAUGGCCAACAUGGGGCAACGAAAGGAUAUUGAAUUAUCUCAUCGAGCAAAGGGACCUAUAUGCAUACAUACAUGAUCAGACUGUGCGGUUGAUGAAUCAGGGGCUUACUGGCAUUGAAAUAGCUGAGGACUUUUCUCUUCCGCCCAAGCUGCAGGCCGUUUGGCAUGUACAAGGAUUUUACGGGACGCUCGUUCACAAUGUUAAGGCAGUCUAUCAGCGUUAUAUGACUUGGUUUGAUGGAAACCCAGCACAUCUAUGGGAGCACCCCCCAGUCCCAUCUGCCAAACGUUACGUGUCUUGUAUGGGUGGCGAAGAAGAAGUUUUGAGGAAAGCUGAGAGUUAUGUCGAGGCAGGCGACCUACGUUUUGCGGCAACCUUACUCAAUCACCUCGUUUUUGCCAAUCCAGAAAACAACGAUGGGAAAGAAUUGUUGGCUUCGACGUAUGAAAAGCUUGGGUUCGGAUCUGAGAAUGGCCCUUGGCGCAACUUUUACCUGACCGGUGCCAACGAGCUGCGCGGCCAAAGGAUGUCCAAGAAUGUACUUUCGGACCAGUCAAACAUGUUGAAGGCACUGUCACUUGAACAGCUUUUCGCUUCCACAGCGGUGAGAUUGGAUGGUCCUCAGGCCCAGGCGCAUAACUUCACAAUCGACCUAUACUUGACCGAUCUAAAAGAGGGAUGUCGUCUUAUCCUCAGCAAUGGUGCUUUGAUCCAUCGUACUGGUCUGAAGCAAGAGGAGAUGCGGAACAGCCCGUCCAACUACUCAUGUGCCAUGACACAUUCACAAUUGCUCUUGUUCUUGACCACCGGGAAAGUUGAACAAGUUGAAACUGAAACAGGAGACCGUUCUUACUUGCAGAAACUUUGGUCUUUGCUAUCGAAGUUUCAGGGAGAUUUCAACAUUGUCUUACCAUGA